AUGGCCGACGCCGCGGCGUGGAUAGACCGCAUCCGUGGACGAACGAGCUCAGUCAGGAUUCUGCAUUUGACUCUAAGCCCAACCCUCGCCAUGAGAAUCCAGGAGAAGAACAGCAGCGAUAGCGAAACCUCCUCCCAGAGCGAAACGUCCAAUCACAAACCUGUUUGGAUCGACCACAAACCAACUCCAGACUCUUCCAGCUCUUUGACCGACAGCACUCCUCCUUAUGUGCCGAAAAACGGGAAAAAGUCAAGUCUCAAAAGCAGAUUCAAAACUCUGCUACGCCUCGACAAAAAGACAGAAGACGAGGAUUCCGAUGUUAGCUUAAGCACGGUCCAAAUCCUCCCCAACGGAACGAGAGUUAGCCCGCCGGUUAGCCCGCCGGUUAGCCCUUUACUUGGGAGAAAACGUAUUUAUCUCAGCGAUACGAGUCAAACAUCCGAGAAGAAUUUCUUGAAAUACGAUAUCGAGGAUUCGCUGCUCACCAGUAUCCACCCGGCGGAGGACUACGCCGAAAAAGUCGAGAUUUACAACUUGAAAUACUCGUAUUUAAAGUCAUGGCCAGGCUUGCUGCGUAUGCUAGCCGGGCUGCAGCUACUGUUUGGCGGGAUGGUCUUCGCCUGCAUCAUCGCGUACGUUCAUAAAAAUAGCGAAUGGACCAACGCUUUCGGGAAUUACAACGGCGGAUACAAUAACGGGUUGUCCGGAUACAGCUACGGCGGCCCCAUGACUGCGUUCGUGCUCGCCAUCGCCGGAGUUUCCUGGAUCGUUACGUUGGUUCUUUUGGUUGUGGGAAUGACGAUGUAUUAUCGGACCAUUCUGCUGGACUCCCCCUGGUGGCCGUUGACGGAAGCAUUGAUAAACAUGGUGGUUUUUCUGUUGAUGAUGUCGGCGGGGAUUGUCUACGUGAAUGACUUGAACCGUGGCGGGUUGUGCUUCACCACAAUUGGGAUGAGUCCGAUAAUGGCCAGUCUGUGUCGGGUGGAGGGAGGGCAGGCGGCAGGAACGGCCUUUCUCUUCCUGGAUAUGGGGCUGUAUCUCGCCAGCUUCCUGGUUUGUCUGAAGAUGUGGAGGCACGAGGCGGCGAGAAGAGAGAGGGAGGCCUUUCUGAACCAGCCCACUGAGGUCUCUGCGCCGUUAGAGACUCAGAAGCCGAAGCGGAUUUCCUUCAAGGACCAAACGGACGCAGUGGGUUCUCAAAGACCUCAUGUGGAACAAGAGACCGACCGGAGCAACGGCAGCGCCACCAGGAGGCCAGUGUCUGUCAUCGCAGACUACAUCAUGAAGUACCCAGAGAUCCAGAGUGUGGAGCAGAGGGAGGAGUACAGGGCAGUGUUUAACGACCAGUACCCAGAGUACAGGGACCUGCACGGUGACAUCACUCUGACUCUGGCCAAGUUCAGACGCCUGGACGCUCUGAUGCAGCGGCUGCUCUCUGACCGAGCACAGAAUCCACACAGGGUCCAGAGUUUACUGCGAAAGCUCGAAGAGAAAAAGAAUGAGCCGGCCUUCUGGGAGAAGAAGAAACGCUGCGAUUAUUUGAAAGCGAAACUCGGCCACUUGAAAAACAGAAUCCACACGUUUGACCGGACGACAGACGACCACAGGCGACCGAUGUAA